GUAAAGUAAUAAAAAAAAUGGUGAUUGUUGGAGGAAUGAAAAAUGUGAAUAAUACCAAAGGCAACGGCAAUUCCUAAGAAACAUUGAACAAACACUUACUGAAAACAGCAGUUUUUGGCUGUUGGUUUUGAGGUGAAAUGGGAGUUUCAUGGAGUAAUGCUAACCGAAGAAGAAAUACUUACUUUGAGUUUGAGCAUUUCCCACCACCCCCUUUCUAUUACUCUCCCCCACCAUUUUUGCCACCGCCGCAAGGUUACUUUUUUAAUUCUUCUUCCACCACCAGCUAUGUGGGCCCUUCUUCUUCAAAUCAUCCUUCACCGCCACCCUAUGUUCACAAUCAAACGGCCAAGAAGAUAAGGAACAAUGUCAACUUGCAUAAGCACACUCUGCGCCUCCACAUCGAUCCUCACAACCCUCAUCACCACUUAAUUUCCUUUGUUUUCGAUGCCCUCUAUAAUGGCAGCAUUGCGAUCUUCUACUUCGCCAAAGAAGAAGAAAAAUGUAGGUUUAUUCCGCUAUAUCCUGAUGUGUUUGAGCCAAUCACAUUCCCCUUUCAACAAGGAGCUGGCCAGAAAUUUUGUCAGCCUUCAGGAACAGGCAUUGACCUAGGUUUCUUUGAGUUGGAUGAUCUUUCUAGGCCCUCAUAUGGAGAAGAUGUAUUUCCCCUUGUAAUAUGUGCAGAAACAAGUUUGAGAACUCCUUUGACAGAUGAAAAUGCAUCCCCUCAUAUGCAAAUAACUCAAGCUGUCUUAGAUACAAACAAUGGUAUUCCUUUCCAGGUAAAAGUAGUUAGGCAGAUUCUGUGGAUUGAUGAUGUUCGGUACGAGCUGAGAGAGCUAUAUGGAAUAGAAAGUUCAACAGCCGCAGGUUUUGACAAUAGUGAUCCUGGGAAGGAGUGUGUAAUAUGCAUGACCGAACCCAAAGACACUGCUGUCUUACCUUGCCGACAUAUGUAUAUGUGCAGUGACUGUGCCAAAAAUUUGCAGCUUCAAUCAAAUAAAUGCCCUAUAUGCCGUCAACCAAUUGAAGAACUUAUAGAGAUCAAGAUAAACAAUGGCAAUCAGUGACAUGUUUUUGCCUGAUGUAAAGCUGAAUUGCGUGGUAUCUUGAUUUUCUUUUUGUAAAUUGCAGUCAAUAAUCUGUUUAUAGUUCAUAUGUGAUAUGAUCAAAGGAAAAUUAAAUCAUAUGUGAUUUUAGCUGUACUGUAAUUAAAUAUUUCUAUAGUGUCAUCAGUAUUGUACUGAUGAUUAUUUUCUUAAUUUUUCUGUGAGUGAUACUUAAGAGAGGAUCAUUUGUAGGCCUUGUUUGGUAGGUGGAUCCUCCUUUAUGUAUCUUGAGGGUGAAGGUUCCCCUAAUGAAUAAUGUUUGAAAAUUAAGAAAGGUUUAAUUUAAUCAUAAAAAGCUAGUGUUGAACAUUCUUGCACUUCCUUUAUGAUCUUCACAUGGGGGGAUUUAAAAAUUUAAAAUUUCAUAUAUUAAAUGCCUUUUGCUAAAACAGACAGUUUGUCUCAAGAGUGAGUGGCGUUGGGAGUAUAAAAGGAAAAAAAGAAGAAGUUGCUAUGUGUUAAAUUAUUUUUGUUCUUUUCACUAACCAGAAACGGCUAAUCUUGCCAUACAAAGUACCUUUUAUGUAGGCACAAAAUCAGAUCUUGGAAGCUUGGAGAGGUUUUCAGAUGUCAACUUUUGAACAAAUUAAGAAGCAAAAGCAAAACAGAUGUAACAAGCCCUUCUGUUUUCUCUUUAUUUUAUUUGAAAUGUGUUUUCCAUUUUGGCUUUUACCGUUCCAAUUUGCAACGAAUAUGUAUUCCUCAAGAUCGUUCAAACAUUAACAAUUUCAUCCUUUCAUGCAUCUGCAUCUCAUUU